AUGCCGCGGCUGCUGCUGCUGCUGCUGCUGAUGGAGAUCGCGGCGGGCGUCACGUUCCAGGGCUUCUACCUGCCGCCCGUUAACGAGUCCGCGCCCGCGCGCAGGACGGACGGCGUGGUGCGGACCAUAGACCGGAUCUACCACGGCGGAGGGAGGGUGGGGUACCUGCUGUACAUGGACGGCACGCGUUUCCAACUGGACUUGGAGCGGGACGAGCUGCAACGCGUGCACGCACCCGUGCCGCGGGAGUGCGCGUACCGGGGCACGGUGGACUCCCGCGCGGAGAGUCUCGCGGUGCUGAACCUGUGCGGAGGGGGCCUCGAGGGAUACUUCGCGGUGGAGCACGCGCGCUACUCCAUCACUCCUAUAGUGCGCGCCACAGGGCACGAGCAUGACGCGCGUGCGCUGCAGGACAGGGACGCUGAGCGCGCACUGCACGUGUACACGCGCGAGAGCUUCAGCUUUGAAGCGGCUCGGGACGCGCGGGAAAGUUGUGGCACAAGGGACUCACGCAGAGGACGCAGGCACGCGCGGCGGAGGAAGAACAGACGCGCUGCACGCGCUCAUGCCGUGUCUGGCGCUCCUGUCGCGCGGAACAGAUGGAGUGAGUUUGUUGCCGCUCCUGUGCCGCGCGGCAGACGCUCCGUGUCCAGAGCGCGGCACGUGGAGCUGCUGCUGGUCGCGGACGAGUCCAUGACGCAGAAGUACGGGAAAGAGCUACGUCACUACCUCCUGACACUCGCAUCCAUUGCGUCCAAACUCUACGGCCACGCGAGCAUCGAGAACCCAGUGCGUCUGUCCGUGGUCAACGUCAUGACCGUGACGCAGAAGGAGCGCGGACUGGACGUCAGCAAGAACGCGGCCGCGACGCUCAAGAGCUUCUGCAGGUGGCAACACGCACACAACGCCGCGCACGACGAGCACGCGCAGCACCACGACGCCGCCAUCCUCUUCACCAGGCAGGACUUGUGCGGUCACCACUCCUGCGACACUCUGGGCAUGGCGGACGUGGGCACCAUCUGUUCCCCUGAGAGGAGCUGUGCGGUGAUCGAGGACGAUGGUCUCCACGCUGCUUUCACCGUCGCUCACGAGAUCGGUCACCUCUUGGGUCUCUCUCAUGACGACUCAAAGUUCUGUGAGGAGCGUUUUGGAGUCAACAGCGACAAGAGGCUGAUGUCUUCCAUCCUGACUUCCAUCGACGCCUCCAAACCAUGGAGCAAGUGCACCUCCGCCACCAUCACAGACUUCUUUGACGACGGAAAUGCCGAGUGCCUCCUGGACGUCCCUCGCCUCCCGCUCCUGGGACCCGAGGAGCUCCCUGGUCAGGCCUACGACGCGGUGAGACAGUGCAGGCUGGCGUUUGGGUCCGAGUACACGGUGUGUCCUGGUAUGGACGUGUGUGCCAGACUGUGGUGUGCGGUCGUACGGCACGGACAGAUGGUGUGUCUGACCAAGAAGCUGCCGGCGGUGGAGGGGACGCCAUGUGGGAAGGGACGCAUCUGCCUCCAGGGGAAGUGUGUGGACAAGACACGCAAGAGGCAUUACUCGACGUCGAACCACGGGGCCUGGAGCUCCUGGGGGCCCUGGGGAUCCUGCUCCCGCUCGUGUGGGGGGGGAGUGCAGUUCGCCCAGAGACUUUGCAACAACCCACCCCCUAGGAACAACGGCCGGUACUGCACCGGGAAGAGGGCAGUGUACCGGUCCUGCAACGGGAACCCCUGCCCUGUCAAUGCUAAAAGUUUCCGUGAGGAGCAGUGCGAGGUGCGUAACGGCCCUCAGACCGACCCCAAAGGAGUGAAGACGUUUGUGGAGUGGGUCCCGAAAUACGCAGGCGUCCUUCCCAGAGACAUGUGCAAACUGACCUGCCGAGCCAGAGGGACUGGGUACUACGUGGUCUUCUCCCCGAGGGUGACAGAUGGGACAGAGUGUCGUCCGUUCAGCAGUUCAGUGUGUGUUCGGGGAAAGUGUGUGAGAACGGGCUGUGACGGAAUCAUCGGCUCCAAACUUCAAUACGACAAAUGUGGGAUCUGUGGAGGAGACAGCAGUGGCUGUGUGCGCGUCGCUGGCAACUUCACCAAGAAGAGUAAGGGCUACACAGACGUGGUGAAGAUUCCAUCCGGUUCCACCCACAUCAAAGUCCGUCAGCACAAGGCCAAAGACCAGACCCGAUACUCUGCGUACCUCGCCGUCCGCAAGCCCAACUCAGACUACCUCCUCAAUGGGAAGUUCAUGAUCUCCACCUCAGAGACCAUCGUCCCGGUCAAUGGCUCCGUCCUGAACUACAGCGGCUGGAGCCAACGCGACGAGUGGCUUCACAGCAUGGGCCCAGGUGCAAUCCAGGAACCAAUCACCAUCCAGAUCCUCGCCACGGACGCCAAGAAGCCGCUGGAUAUCCGCUACAGCUUCUACAUGCCCAGACGGACCAAUCCCGCAGCCAAGACUACUUCAACGACCACUACUAUGACUACUACUACUACAACUACUAUGUGGAAUAUUCCAGUGACAACUCCACAACCAGGGCCUCAGUGGGUGACCGGGUCUUGGAUGACCUGUUCGAGGACUUGCGACACUGGUUGGCAAAGCAGGACGGUGCAGUGUAAAGACCCAGAGGGGAAGCUGUCUAAAGGUUGCACGCUCGGAGCCAGACCUUCUGCGUUCAGACACUGCCUCGUCAAGAAAUGUCCUUGA